UACUCGUACUACUCCGGGGGAGCAUUUCAACAGCAAAUAAAGAGAGAGAAAACCUCGAAAAGGCCAUCAGUUAGAUUAGGGUUUCUGGUCGGCUAGUUCAUACGGCGAGGAGCACGGGAAGGGAGGCGGAACUCGGGAGAGGAGAUGGGUGCGCCGAAGCAGAAGUGGACGUCGGAGGAGGAGGAGGCGCUGCGGCGCGGCGUGCUCAAGCACGGCGCUGGCAAGUGGCGCACCAUCCAGAAGGAUCCCGAGUUCAGCCCCGUCCUCUCCUCCCGCUCCAACAUCGACCUCAAGGACAAAUGGAGGAAUUUGAGUUUUAGUGCAAGUGGACUGGGUUCAAGGGAUAAACUAAGGGUUCCGAGGCCGAAAGCACCUUCGUCCUCCCCAUCACCUAGCCCGCAGCUUCUGCUUCUCUCAGCCCCGAAUAAUGUUGCCGAGGCUUCUCCACCAGAAGAUUGUGAAAAAAGCCCACAGGAUGACAAGACUCCGAGUCCAAAGUUGUACAGUUCCAUGAUCCUGGAAGCUCUCGACGAACUGAAAGAGCCAAAUGGUUCAGAAGUUGCUACAAUUUGCAAUUUCAUAGAGCAAAGGCAUGAGGUGCAACCAAAUUUUAGAAGGUUGCUUUGUGCCAAAUUACGAAGGCUUAUAGGCGUGAACAAAGUUGAGAAGAUUGAUAAGUCCUAUAAGCUGACGGAUUCAUAUGCAAAAAGGGCUCUGGCUCCAAUGAAAGAUCCAUCUCUAAAGAAGAAGGAUUCAGCCAAGUCAUCCAAGGCAGCAAAGGGUCUAGGCCAGUUGAGUCCUGCACUGGACGCAGCUGAAGCUGCAGCGAUGAAAGUAGCCGACGCGGAGGCCAAAUCGCACCUCGCAAACGAGCACAUGAUGGAGGUUGAAAGGAUCGGCAAGAUGGCUGAGGAGACCGAGUCUCUCCUCGAGCUCGCCUCAGAGCUCUACGAGCGAUGUUCAAGAGGAGAGGCGCUCACAAUACUGCAAGUGGCGCACAGGGAGUUUUGAUGGUGUUGUCGACCCCGUCAGCUGCGCGCCGACAUCAGCUCUCUUGUACAUGGAUGGAUGGAAGCGUAGGCCCAGCCUGUUGUCUUCUUGCCCGCGUGUUGUCUCUGUGUUGUAGCAUAACUCGAAUCAAUUCGUUGGUUGUACCUGAGAGGGCAUUCCUUUCAUUGCGUAGGAAUGAUUUUAAGUUGGUGCAUUUUGGAUACUGUCCUGUGUUGAAAUCAGGGAAUAAUGUGUAUCUCGUCC